UGAAAACGUACAAAGAUAAUAAAGAUGGUAAUUUCGAAAGAUGGUUAUUGGUAUGGUUUGGUAAUACGGUUCGUUAACGACUGACUAAAAAUCGGUUGCGACAAAACUCUUGAAGUUUUUGCGGUGGGUAAAGCGCAUGCCCGAACGCUCGAUAGUUAAUAUUUGUCUCGGGUGAGUGCGCUGACGCUCGCUAAUUCGCGGUGCGGUCUAGCGCGUUCGAACGAUUCCGAACACACCGCCCCCCCGUUGAAUGAAUGAAUUCAACAAUAACAUUCGGUUCUGUUAUGGUGAAGUGCAUGAUUCCAUUGAACUUCGCUUACAUGGUUUUGGAUAACGACGCAAAGGAAAAACGUCACCCUGGAUCCGCCGCAACCACAACAAUUUUGAACGGUGGAUCUCAUCAGGAGUUAACGCGAGGAGAGGCGUCUUUGCUGAAGUGCGUCUGGUCGAGGUUUUCGAGGACGGACACAUGGUGGACAGUGACCGGAUUUGGAGUAGGAUCGGCACGACACGGUCCAGACAGGAUCCAACCUAAGGUUGUGCUUUGGGCCGUCGGGGUAGACGCUGAGCCUCGUACUAGGCCUUGGAGGAGUAGCUGCCCAUAUAAGUCCGCACCGAUAAUUAGGUCAAUUGGCUCAGAACUCAUGGGAUCCUUGUCGGCGAGUGUUAAACCUGAAAGGAACGCGUCGAAUUCGCUGUAUUUUGGAAACUCGGUAGUGUCACCCAGAUUUAACUCCCAAGCUUUACGAGUCGCACGAUCGAGUUUUUGCGCACCGAGGAAAACGAUUAUGUCACCCCAUGAAUCGACCGGUCUCCCAAGGUUUCGGAGCAUCUCAACUGACAUGUUUAUUUUGUCGCGUAACGCGCGAAGUUCGGUUGGAGUUUCGGACGAAACGGUUGGUAACGAAAACAAUACAUGUAGAUCGGCGUCUUCCCGGGUCUUCUUCCUCGACUCCAAUCCGGCUCGAAGGACCAAAAAGACCGAUAUAAAGGCUUGUUCCUCUUUGUUGGGUGUGGGAGAUGAGCAGGAGCUGAUCAACGUUUGA